AAGGGAUAUACCUGCACCAUUUUUUGGCCACUACUUUUUUUUAAAUCUUAUUCAUCCGAUGAGGCGGGUCGGUAGGUUUCUCUCCCCCUCUCUCUUUCUCUGUUAAUCAAUAUAUAACAGGACCAACCCAUUGUACCAUAUAUUCACUAGAAUCUCUUCAGUUCAGCAGCAACAAAAUGGCUUCUUAUUCUUCUGUUUUUGUUUGCAAUGUUGGGUUCCUCCUGUUUUCCAUUCUUCUUGUAUCAACCUCUGCGGAACAAUCAAGUGCCAUUGCCUCCAUCAUACCUUCCGUAGACUCGACCGGAACUCCAUCGGACAACUACUUGUGUGACACUAACGCCAACGUAUACACGACUCAGAUCUGGGGUCCAACUAAAGAUUGCUUCCUCUGCACACCUUAUUGUUAUGGUGCAUGCGAUUCCAUGCGUACCACUACGGCGGUAACCCCGAGCUGCACAUGGAUUUCAGGUACAAACGUCAAAUGUGAAUGCUGUUGUGUAAAACCAAAAUCUCCACCGCCCCCAGUAUGUCCCCCUCCUGCUCCUCUUCCACCACCACCACCAUGUCCUUCUCCUCCUUCCAGCGAUAAGUGUGAUACCGGAGACGACGUGACUGAGACUACGAUGCCAAGCUCAAAUUGCGCCGAUUGUACAAAUUGGUGUAACAACGAUUGUUCGGAACUAGGAGGUCGUGUGAUCCAGAACAAGUGCGCGAUUGGUGAAUCCAAAUUCGUAAGGCGUUGCAGCUGCUGCUGUCGUGGAGGAAAGUCUGUUCUGAAGUUGUCAUAGUUUUGCUUUGGAUGUUUACCAGGUCUCUGGGACCUUGCAGCUACAAGCUACUAUCUUCGUUUUCUUUAUUGUCGAUUUGCAUCAUCAUCAUUCAAUGUAACAUCGAUCAAUCUUAGCUGACAUGGGCUCGAUCAAUCUUAGUUGAGAUGGGAUCCAUCAAGCAGCUUUUAUUUAUCAACUGUAAGUUUUAAUUAGUAGGAACUGUGUCAAUUCCUUGGCCUAAUAAUAAGUCUACGCGAUCUUGCCGGGUA